AUGGCUGCGUUUGUCAUGUUGAUUUUGUACCCUGCGAGCUACCCCUGUGUAUUUCUAGGGCUCUUGCAUGCAAAUGUUCAUGAUUGCUACAUUCUCUGUGAUAAUUGCUACGCUGGUGAUGAUUUUCUUGAAGAUGGGAUUGGUCAUUGGGUUUCCAAGGAUCGUUUUGCUGCAAAGCGUCUGCAUGCUCUUGCUGCAGAGCUCGAUGAUCCGAAGAGACGUAUUAUUGAAGAGCAGAGUGCAUUUAGAGCAUUGUUGAAUGUAUCUCCAUUCAACAUUCCUAAUGCUCUAAUAGACUUUGUUGCCUCUCAUACUAGCCCUGGUUUGCGGGAGUUCAAGUUCCACAAGAAGAGGAUAGUUUUCACAAAAGAUAUGGUGAGGAAAGUUUUUGGAAUUCGAUGCGGCGACAGACUUGUUGUUCAGAAGAAAGGUGAGCAUCCUCAGCUGCGGCAGAUAUACAUAGAAGAAGGACAAUCAAGGCCUUUCAUCCAGCAUGCCGUUAAAUUGCUCAAGGCUUGUGAUGUUACGGAUGACCUCACCAUUAUCAGAACAUGGGAUCUUAUAUGUUUGGCUACGGUUAUUGCCCCUGGUAGCGCAAAUCUGAUUAGCCUUGACUAUUUGGACUGUAUGUUGGACCCUCGGAGGACUCACGAGUUUGCAUGGGAUGAACACUUGCUUGAGUUAGCAAUGCAGGAGGUUACAAAAAUCAAUAGCAAGACAGCAGAGGUAGUGGUACCAGGAAAUGCUAAGAAAAAUGAGUUUUGGAUCACUGGACCGUUCGCCCUUCUAGCUGUUGUCUACAUGGAUCACCUUGAUUUUCCACCAAAUCAACAUGUCAUUAACUACUCAAUUCCUAGAGUAUGUUUUGUGACCAGUAGUGAUUUCAAGUUUGUUGUCCAAAAUGAUGCUGAUAGGAAGAUCCUGAAUAAUAAGACUGUUUUUGGAAGGCGUCCGGUGAGUUACUCAUAG